UUGAAAUCUCCGAAUCAUCAGUACAUCUUGUUCGCUAUAAACUACAUUUUUAGUUUACUCUUGUGACUUUCAAAUAUUAGUUAAAAACUAUGAUUUCCUUAAGAUUUACAAAAGGCGUUAUUCUUUACUUCCUUGGGUGGUGGUUUAUUGGUUUUACAUUAAAUGCAGGAGCAGUCAGCAUGAAUACAGGAACAGAUGCCAAUUUAAGGUGCGGUCAAAGAAAUAAGCGAGGUGCAGGCAAUCAAUUAUCGGGCGCCCAAGAUGGAGAAGCUCAAUUUGGAGAGUUUCCUUGGAUGUUGGCUAUUAUGAAAAAUCUGCCUGGCAAGGAUCCAGCCUAUAAAUGCGGAGGAUCUCUUAUUAAUCCCAAUGUUGCCCUAACAGCAGCCCAUUGCGUCACCGACAACAAUACUGAAAGCAAAUACAUCGUAAGAGCUGGUUUAUGGGACAUGGAACUUUUAGUUGAAAUCCUUCCCCAUCAGGACCGAGAGGUAAAGAAGAUAAUAGUUCAUCCAGAGUUUAUACCACAAGCUUUAUACAACGACAUUGCCCUUUUAGUUUUAACAACACCAUUAACUUUAGCCGAACAUAUUCGUACAGUGUGUUUGCCACCACAAGGUUUUCCCCUGGAUUCUAGCAUGGGAAGAGCGUUCGUUUCUGGUUGGGGUAAAACUAAAUUAGCUAAUGAAAUUCUUGAUUCCGCUACUAUUCUAAAGAAAACCGACGUACCAAUAGUUGAGAAAACAAAAUGUGAAGAGAACUUAAAAAAGACCCGAUUAGGACCUAAGUACAGGAUGCACGACAGUUUCAUGUGCGCAGGUGGCGAGGCUAACAAAGAUGCAUGCAAGGGAGAUGGAGGCAGUCCAUUGGUACUUCCAGUAGGAGAAGAUAAUACUACAUAUUUUCAGGCUGGUAUUGUUGCAUGGGGAAUAGGCUGCUGGGAAGAGUCUCGCCCCGGAGUGUAUGUUAAUGUGGGGAAAUUCAGAAACUGGAUAGAUGAGCAAAUGAAAAAUAAUAACUUUGAUGCAACAACGUAUCAAUAUCAACGAAAGGUUGAAUAAAGUUUCAAAAUUAUGUUUAAAAUAAAUAACACCAUUAGCCUGCUCCCUACCAAGCUGGUCCCAUGGAAUCUGCAAUGUGCCGCGUAAUCGACCCAUCGUAGCAACCGAUCUGUGUUUUAGUUAUAGUCUGAAAAUAAUAGUUGGAACAAUCAAAAUUCUUGAGGAGUAGAAAUAUAAUGUGUAAAUGGUUCAUUAGGUUAUCAAGAAUUAUCUUAUUUGGCUCAUUGAGCCUAGAAACAAAACACAUUUCUUAGGGAUAAAAAUGAAUAAUUAUUUUCACUGCCUUGCAAAAUGAAACCAAAGCCGUCUUAUAUUUCAGUUAGUUCAGAGAGCGCUACAAGCACUCUGACCGGUUUCAAAACUCGUUAGUUUAUAAUCAGAGAAUGCAUAUGUAGCUAUCUCUGAACAAACUGAAAUAAUUCAGGUUAUUAGCCUCAAAUUGUACUAAUGAAAUGGCAUGACAAGUCAAAUUUUUCAAUCUAAUAAAAUAUAAAAUAAUAUUAAAUUAAAAACCUUAUUGGGACCAUUUUCUCGUUACACCUUCGUGGCUUCUAAAAAUACAAUAGAUCAAUGCAAAUAGAUGCUGGAGCGAAAAGAAGAUGAGGGAAUUCUACAAUUUGCAAUCCUACAUUUCAUAGGAUUGGCCUAUAUGGAGAACAUGCUUGGCAGGGAUAAAGAAACACAGGUAUCCUAAACAGAUAAAUGCACUUAAGAAUUAACGAAAAUUUUGAUUUGAUAAAUCUGAUCCUAAAUUUUGGUUGAAUUUUACUAUCAUGCGUCAUACUUUAUACUUAUAUCUUGUAGAGAAUAUUUCCAUUUAUUAAACUUAAGAAACAA